AAGUGCAAUGUCAGAUGGGUGCCAGCGCAGACUGGGUGCAACCAUGCAAAGCGCCACAUGAAGGGUCCUGAAGAAGAAGAUUCUGAAGACAAAGUAAGCCCUAAGCAGAAACUAACGGCCGAUGAGGUGCCUGCCCAGCAUCUCGCUAAGAAGAAGGCUAGAACUACGGCAGAAGUGCAGUCCCCCACCGACAGUCCACAACUGAUGGUGAUUGUUGGAAACACACUGUAUAACCAGGAAAGUACAUCUGUAGCGCAUAUAUGCACUGAUUCUAUGGAAUUCACUGCGUCUGAAGCCACCCUUCCGCCCUGCUCACCCCCAGAUGAUGUGGCUUUAUCUACCUCGGAAUAUCUUUCAGCCUCCGCACCUCUGUCACCUGCACCCGCCGCACCAUGCCCUGGAUCGGCGGUACAGUCUGCUGUGUCGGAAUCCCUUUCGGGCGCCGAUAGCUCCUUGACCUCGGUCCCUCUGCCCCCCGCAGAGGCCUUUGCUGACCUAGAGACGCAGCACGGCAAGCCCACCGACAUUGACAACUCUGCCUACAGCAACGCUUCCAUCACACUCGGCACCCAUAUUGUUGAUCACUGGGACCAAUGGCACUUACAGAUCUCUGCCAAGAGGGCUGCAAGGCCUGCGCUACAGGAACCCAUGCAACUUCUGUCAGAGAUCCUUGCAGAGCUCAUCAAUAGCACGCCAACGAUGGAGGCCGAGCUCGACAAAUGGCGUAACACACCGACCAAGCCUGGGGCCACAUCUGUCAAGCAGCAUUCGAAGCUUGUUGCAUCUUACGACAGGUUCACCAGGCUGGCAAUAUCCCAUGCCUUGUGGGCGCCGGAACACAACAAUAGCCACUGCGCCCAGCACCUCUCCACACCGUCAAAUUCGCACUCACUCUAUGAAUAUGAAGUGACCAUGUACCAGAGUGCAUACGAGCCGUACGUCCACGUACAUCGUCAUCAGUGCCAUGAAUGCUUUACCGGCUAUGGUGCGAACAAGGUUGGCCAUUUAUUGGAGAUGUAUCAAAAAGGCAAUGAACAUGAAAGCGACAAGUAUGAAGAUGAGGCCGAGCAAGAAGAGGUCAGUCACCACUCCAGCUGCCCGUCCUUGUACUGCGCGGCUGACCACACAUCUCGUAGCGAGAAUACAACCUGGCUUUACUCCAACUACUGGGAUGAAGCGCGCUUGCGGUACACUUCCAAGUGA